CGGAGCGACCCUCGGCGUCCCUCGGUCCGCGCCGAGACCCGGGCCGUCCCGCGCCGGGCCCGCACCGACUCGGUCCAGGCGCGCCCGGGAGCCAGAGCCCGGCGCCAAGACCCCUGGCGCCAGCGCCCCUCAAGAGGUCUGCCACUACUGGCCCAGUGAGGGCUGCCGGCCUGCUUCUCCUGGUGGUUCGUGUGUGGCAGCGGGAACCAGAACGAAGACAUUUUGGAGCUGGGAGCUCUAGGCCCCACCAUGGCUCCCUUCCUGCGCAUCUCCUUCAACUCCUACGAGCUGGGCACCCUGCAGGCGGAGGACGAGACGAACCAGCCCUUCUGUGCCGUGAAGAUGAAGGAGGCGCUCAGCACAGAGCGUGGGAAGACGCUGGUGCAGAAGAAGCCGACCAUGUACCCAGAGUGGAAGUCAACGUUCGACGCUCACAUCUAUGAGGGCCGUGUCAUCCAGAUUGUGCUGAUGCGGGCGGCCGAGGAGCCCAUGUCCGAGGUGACCGUGGGCGUGUCGGUGCUGGCCGAGCGCUGCAAGAAGAACAAUGGCAAGGCCGAGUUCUGGCUGGACCUGCAGCCCCAGGCCAAGGUGCUGAUGUCUGUGCAGUAUUUCCUGGAGGACGGGGAUUGUAAGCAGUCUUUGCGUACGGAGGAAGAAGGAAUGUUAUCAACGAUCAACCGCCGAGGGGCCAUCAAACAGGCCAAAAUCCACUACAUCAAGAACCACGAGUUCAUCGCCACCUUCUUUAGGCAGCCCACCUUCUGUUCUGUGUGCAAGGAAUUCGUGUGGGGUCUCAACAAGCAAGGCUACAAAUGCAGGCAAUGCAACGCCGCCAUCCACAAGAAAUGCAUUGACAAGAUCAUCGGCCGCUGUACCGGCACGGCGGCCAACAGCCGGGACACCAUAUUCCAGAAAGAACGCUUCAACAUCGACAUGCCGCACCGAUUCAAGGUUCACAACUACAUGAGCCCCACCUUCUGUGACCACUGCGGCAGCCUGCUCUGGGGGCUGGUGAAGCAGGGCAUGAAGUGUGAAGACUGUGGCAUGAACGUGCACCACAAGUGCCGGGAAAAGGUGGCCAACCUCUGCGGCAUCAACCAGAAGCUCUUGGCCGAGGCCUUGAACCAAGUCAGCCAGAAGUCGACGCGGAGGCAGGACUCGGUGUCCACGGAGCCUGUGGGGAUCUACCAGGGUUACGAGAAGAAAGGCGUCUCUGGGGAUGAUGCCCCAGACAACGGGACUUAUGGCAAGAUCUGGGAGGGCAGCAGCGUGUGCCGCGUUGACAACUUCACCUUCCACAAGGUCCUGGGCAAGGGCAGCUUCGGGAAGGUCAUGCUCGCGGAGCUGAAGGGCAAAGGGAAGUUCUUUGCCAUCAAGGUCCUCAAGAAGGACGUAGUUCUGGUGGACGAUGAUGUGGAGUGCACCAUGGUGGAGAAGCGGGUGCUGGCGCUCGCCUCCGAGAAUCCCUUCCUGGCUCAGCUUUUCUGCACCUUCCAGACCAAGGAACACCUGUUCUUCGUGAUGGAGUUCCUCAACGGGGGAGACUUGAUGUACCACAUCCAGGACAAAGGCCGCUUCGAGCUGUACCGGGCCACGUUUUACGCAGCGGAGAUCAUCUGUGGACUGCAGUUUCUACACAACAAAGGGAUCAUUUACAGAGACCUCAAGCUGGACAACGUGUUGCUGGACCGGGACGGCCACAUCAAGAUCGCCGACUUCGGGAUGUGCAAGGAGAACAUGUUCGGGGAGAACCGGGCCAGCACCUUCUGCGGCACUCCCGACUACAUCGCCCCCGAGAUCCUGCAGGGCCUGAAGUACACGUUCUCUGUGGACUGGUGGUCCUUCGGGGUCCUCCUCUAUGAGAUGCUCAUUGGCCAGUCGCCCUUCCACGGGGACGACGAGGACGAACUCUUUGAGUCCAUCCGCGUGGACACGCCACAUUAUCCCCGCUGGAUCACCAAGGAGUCCAAGGACAUUCUGGAGAAGCUGUUUCAGAGGGACCCACCCAAGAGACUGGGCAUGACAGGAAACAUCAGAGCCCACCCCUUCUUCAAGACCAUCAACUGGAUCCUGCUGGAGAGGCGGAGGGUGGAGCCCCCCUUCACGCCCAAAGUGAAGUCCCGAGGCGACUUCAGCAACUUCGACCAGGAGUUCCUGAAUGAGAAGGCCCGGCUCUCCUUCAGCGACAAGACCCUCAUCGACUCCAUGGACCAGUCAGCGUUCACUGGCUUCUCCUUCGUGAACCCCAAAUUCCAGCACCUCCUGGCACAGUGAGGCUCCCAGACACGGCUGCCCUCCCACCCGCCUCCCGGGCCUUGCGGGCCGGGCCUCCAUCUACCCGUGCACCUGCUGGUCCCCACCAGACAUGCGCCUGUGGCGUCUGCCCCUGCCCCCCAGAGGGGCCUUGGCUCCCGGCUGGUGGGGCUGUCAUGGUACUUCUGUGAACUGUGUGUGAAUUUGCUUUUCCUCUGCCCUCGGAGGGAAAUUGUAAAUCCUGUGUUUCAUUACUUGAAUGUAGUUAUCUAUUGAAAAUAUAUGUUAUAUAUAUAUACUUAUAUAUAUAAUAGGCUGUAUAUAUUGCUCAUGGAGACAAGCGUGGGGGCUGCUAACGUGAUCUUUUAAAAUAGAUAUAUAUGUGUAUAUAUAUAUAUAUAUAGGACCGCAAAAGACCCGUAAAGGAGCUCAAGCUGUUGGGAGCAACAGGCUCUCUGAAUAAACACCGCAUGGU